GAAAACACAACAAAUCAGGCUAGCGUCGGCCAUCAGCCGCGACCCUCGGCCUAGUUUGCGUCCGGCCUGUGCGCGGGGUUUGGGGAGGAUCAUGGCGGUGUGGAGCGACGCCAUGGAGGAACAGUUUGUGAUUAUGGUGCAGGAGAGGCCCGCGCUGUACGAUAGCACCAACAGAAACUACAACAACCGCAGCGUGAAGGCGCAGCUGUGGGGAGACAUCGAGCUCAAACUGCACACGACAGAGAGGGAGAUGAAAAGGAGGUGGGAGUCCCUGCGCACACAGUAUGUCCGAUACCAGAAACUGCCCCCCACAGGCAGAACGGCCCGACAGCACUGGAUCCUCAGCAAGCUGCACUUUCUGGAGCCCCACACCAAGACCAAGGAGAGUCUGUCCACCUACUUAGACAAGGAGUCGUUUGCUGGAGACUUUGACUGCCAGUCGGAGGCCCAGAGCGAUGCCCCAUGGACCAGCACGCUCCUGGAGGUGUGUGCCCAGAGCCCCACGCCAGAGACCGCACCCCUGGACUCCCCGGGUCUGCCCAUGCCCGAGUCCACCCAUCAAUCCACUCAUACCUCCGAGCCCCCUCCGCCCAUGCCCAGCGAGAGCAGAGGGCCCCGGGCUAAACGCUUCAAGAAGGAGGAGCACAUCAGCGAAACGACCGCCAACCUCAUCGCAGUGAUCAACAGGACUCUGGAGCAGCUGUCCCAAGAGAAAGAGGAGAGGGGGGAAAGGGGGGAGAGGAGGGAGAGGGAGGACGGUAUCUCCAUCUAUCUGAAGUACUUUGAACACAGACUGCGCACUCUCCCCCCACACCACCUGCCCCGAUUGCAGAGGGACAUCGAAAACAUCCUCUACACAUAUUCAGUGGAGGAAAACAAGAUAGAUUUGUAAUACUUUAUUUUUUUAAAUUUGUUUCCCAAUUUACUUGGUUAACUUUUGAAUAUGUUAUAGGCUACUUUUCAGAGUAUCUCAUUGCUAAUCAUGCAGCCCUCGUGUAACAGCACUCUUACUUGAGUAAAAGUUUUGGUUCCCCUUCCUACUGUGAAUAAGUCUACAAGUGACAAAAGUUUUAUGUUGACAAAAUCAACCCAUGUAAACACUUGUUUCUAAAAAUUAAAAAUAAGCUCUAAGCGUCCAAACAUACUCUUAUAAUUACUCUUACUUGAGUAGUAGUUUUCCCCAUUUCCACAGUUUUACUCAUACCUGGACCACUACUUUGUACUUCUACUUGAGUAAUAUUAUUUUGAAGUAACAGUGCUCUGACAGGACAAUUUUGGAUACUCCCAAAAGGUGUACCAUUUUGACCCGUGUCUGAACCAUUGUUUCUGAAGACGACUCAGUUUGACAUUUUGAAAUUGUGUGAUUACUGUAAUAGGAGGAUUUGAGCCUACUUUGUCUUUGUAAUGCAUCUUUAUAACUGUGCCUUCACUUAAAUGAGUAAACAUUAGGCUGUGUAAUCUACUUGAGCUCUUCAAUAGAAAGUCUAUGAGUAAUUCAAUCUUUCUAGACUUAAUUUAUUUGCCCUCCUUUAAUCGGAGUCUUUUCCUAUGUCUGUGUGGGAAAAGUGAUUUGUAAUGUUACGACAAAAAUGUUUAUUUUCAAGUGUAGUAAUACAUUUUAGUGCGGAGGACUCAAAUACUUAAUGACAUUAGCUGUAUCAUAAUGGAAUUAUGAUGUUUUUAUUAAAAUUAACUUUUUUAAACUG